UUGAGAUGAGAGAUCCUUCAACGUGUGCCUGAGGCUUCGGAGCAAAAAGGGGUGAGCUGGAGGGCUUGCUGUUGCGCCUCACUCCUACCAGCUCCACUUGUCGACCCUCCUUGCCUUGAGCUCGCCCCAACAACGACCCUGUUUCUCCACCGCUAACUUUUUUACUCCGUUGCCGCAGCAUGAGCUCUAGAGUCUUUCUGGAGAGGUGUCCGCCCAGCGAUACGUGCGGUUUCCGACUCGCAGUUGUCGAUUGAUUGAAGCGUAGCGUCGAGAGCAGGGAUUAUUAGAACGUGUCCAAAGUGUUAUGACAGCGGAUGACAGAACGAGUCUCGUCCGUUGAUUGCCGUACGGACGGAUGACAAAGGCUACAAUUCAUUCUGUCAUCGGGUAACAGCGGAUGACAGAACUGCACUUUGGACACGCUCUUAGAUGUGAGCCUCCUGCGACUCGACUCAGUCGUUUAUAGGUCACGUCAGGACGAGGCAUUCGAGACAAUUCGAAGAUCGAGGUGGUCUGCGUCUCGACUCUCGUCCACUUACCGGCAUUCUUCGUCACAUGUGGUAUAAUUUAUACAGUUUUUGCGAUAUCGUGUUUAGGGCUGUUAGGACAGCACUAUAACGGCCCGGCCGCUGCUGCUGUACAAAUCGUGCACGGUAGUUGUACGACGCUGCUUUUCUUAGCCGGACUCGGCGGUCGCUCCCACGAGCGAUGAUGUAUCGUUGCGACGCCGGACAUUACUGGUAGUUACUUGAGUUAUCGCCGACGGAUUACCGACGUCGUCGAAUCUCUGACGGCGACGAAGCACGGAGAGGGGAAAGUGCAGCGGCGAGAGUGGCGAGCACCUGCCGUGGAGCGCCGCCCCUGGGCGAAACCCUAAGUGCCGCGGGAUCCGCGCCGCCAUGGACGAUCCCGCCACGUGCUUCACUCUCGACGACGCUUCGCUCUUCCCCGCGUCCCCCUCCGCUCCUCGCCCCGCCAUGCCGCCCCCAUGGGCCCCCCCCACUCCCUCGGCCACCGCGGACGCGGCUACCCAGACCCUCCCUCAGAAGAACCUGAACUCCGCGAUUCUCGCCGCGACGAGCGGGGCGUGCGGCGACAACAACACGCCCGUGCCAGCAGCAGCGGGAGUGGCGGUAGCGGCAGCGGGAGUGGCGGGUACCACGAUGAUAGGGGCGGCAGAGGGACAAGGGGCAGCGAAGCAGGAGGGGGGGCGGAGAGGGGAGGUUGAGGAAGCAGGCAGAGCAGGAGGAGCGGGAGGAGCGGAGGGUAAAGGCACGAAUGGGACUGGAGUAGUAGGAGAUGGUGGAGAAGGGGGUAGUGGGCAAUACGGAAUGGCGCUGAGAGCGGGGACGGCGGCGGACGGGCGAUGGCACUCGGGGCUGCUCGUGUCGCUGCGGCAGCAGCAGCAGCACCAACAGCAAGAGCACCAGAGGAAACGGCAGUGGCAGCAGCAGCAACAGCAGCAGCAGCAGCCGCUUCCGCCGCCGCCGCCGCGGCCACAGCAACAGCAGCAAAGGCGGGAGCAGCAGGUCCUAGCGAGUUUCGUACCCAGCCGCGCUGUCCCGCCUGCCCCUUGCGCGCUUGGCGGAAGCUACCCUUUCGGCUUCUCCUCCUUCCCCAUACCCUCCCUCCCGCCGCCUCUCCCCGUCUCUUCCCCCGGCGGGCUGCUCCCGCCCCUGGACGUGCGCGCGGACUGGGCCGCGGAAGGGGAGGGUGAGUGUGACGCGAAGGGAGCAGGGGAGGGGGAGAGCAUGGAUGCGUCGGCUCUUGAAGGGGCGCAAACGGCGGUGACGGACAUGGAAAGGGCGGAAAGGGCGGAAGGGGCGGAAGGGGCGGAAGGGGAAGGGCCUUUCUCGGGCUCAGAUCAGGGCGACGGCAAGCCAGGAGGCGCGGAAGCUGGCACUGGCGCGCACAACGAUGCCGGCGGUAACGGUAAUGGGGAUGGUAACAGUAACGGUGAUGGUAACUGUGACGAAGGGAUAGCAAGCAAGGGCAUAGCCGAGUCCGUCAGGUCUCACAUGCUAGCUCCUCCACACAUGGGGGCCGCGGCUUACGCAGCAGGAGCAGCAGCCGCGGAAGCCGCAGUGUUACCGAGUGGUAUUCUCCCCAUAUGGGCCCCUGUGACUCCGGCUAUCGUCGAGCCUAUCGCCAGCACACAGAAUUGCCAUGGCCACUGGAAGCAGCAGCAGCAGCAGCAGCAGCAGCAGCACCAGCAGCAGGGUGGCGGCUGCCAUUUGGCCAGGGGGGGCGUGCGGGGUAUGGUGGGCGGAAGGGGCAGCGGCGAGGGGGGGAUGGAGGCACCUGCGGGGGAGAGAGGCGCAGCGGAGUGGCGGGGUGAAGGGAGUGAUGUUGGCGGGCUGGGGUGUGCGGGUAUGGAAGCAGGCGGUGCACGGGACCCCACAUGCCGUGGCCCAGCUGCCGCUGGUGGGAGGUGUGGUGAUGGGGCGGGUAUUGGGGCACGCAACGUGUGUGGCGGUGAGAGAGAGGAGGAGGAAGGAGCAGGGAGGGCAGGGGCUUUGGCGGGCGGGUCAGGAGCAGUGGUUGGUGAGAUGCAGGCUGGUGGAGGACAGGCGACUGCUGCUCUCCCUGCUGCUGCGUCGCCUGCUCUCGCUGCUGCGUCGUUCAGCGAGUAUGUGGCUCAAGAUUGUAAGGGGAUGGACGCGGCUGGGCCACUUGAGGAGCUACAGAAGCAGCAGCAGCACCAGGAGCAGCGGCAGUGGCAGCAGCGGCAGCAGCAGCAGCGGCGGCGGCAGCAUCAGCACCAGGAGCAGCUGCAGCACCAGCAGCAUCACCAGGAACAGCGUCAGCAGCUGCAGCAGCGGACGCAGGUGGAAGAAGUGGCAAGAGAGGAGGAACCAGGAAGGUGGUUACAGCAGCAGGAGCAGCAGUGGCUGGUGCAGCAGCAGGAGGUGCUGAGGGCGCACCUGGAGCAGCAGGCAGCGGGACCGCAGGCCAUGGGACAGAAGCAGCAGCAACACAACCACAACCACAACCACCAGCAGCAGCAGCAGCAGCUGCAGCAACUGCGGAUGGAACAGCAGCAGCGGCAGGUGGAGCAGCAGCAGCAGGAGCAGGAUCGGGAGGAGGAGGAGCAGGAGGAGGAGUUUACUCCAAGCAUGGUUACGCUGAUCCAUGACUCUGCGCACAGCCAGUUCAGCUUUCUGCAGGAGCCAGUGGGCCAACUCACUGCAACCACCCGCCGCAACAAACGCUCCCUCCCCUCCCGUCGCCCCGCCGCCCCCCCCUCCACCUCCCCAUCCCUCCCGUCCACCUCGGUCACCCGCCUCUCGCCCGCUCCUGCGCGCCCACAUCCCACCCCCUCCACUCCCCCACACCCGUCCGCACCAGGAGCAACAGCGCCCCGUUGCCAGCCGUCCCAAGCAUCUGUUCCGUCCGUGUGCGGCCGUGCUGCCAGCGGGAGGGAGGAAGGGGGGGCGGGGGGCACGGGAAAGGAGACGGGGGAGGGGAAGGGGGGGGGAGGAGGGUGUGUGAAGGGAGCACCGGUUGGGGCGUGGGAAAUGAGCCCAGGGGUCUCGGGGCAAGCUGUAGCGGGUGGCGGAGAGGGAUUGGGCGGGGCAGGAGAGGAAGGGGGGGCUGCUGCAGGAGGAGGAGGGGGGGGAGGAGGAGGAGGAGGAGGGGGAGGAGGAGGAGGAGGAGGGGGGGAGGAGGGGGGGAGGGGGGGGAGGAAGAGAGAGGGGAGGUGGGGGGGAAGUACGAGGCAGGGGAGGAGGAAAUGUGGUGGUAGGUGCGGGAGGAGGCGGGAGAGGCUUGGAAGUAAGAGCAGCAGCAGCAGCGGCAGCAGCAGCAGCAGCAGCAGCAGCAGCAGCAGCAGCAGCAGCAGCAACGGGGGUGGCAGCAGAAGAGAAUGGAGGCUUGGUCCGAGGCGGGGAGCGAGAGCAGCAGCAGCAGGUGCACAUGGGGAAGGCACAGACAAGGGCGAGGAGGUGCACGGUGCACAUGCUGCGUUUGUACCAUGUCCAACUGCUGCUCAUGCUGCUGCUGGUGCUGCCGCUGUCAAUUCAGCUGCUAACCCUGCCUCUGCCACUGUCGCCGCCGCUUCCGCUGCCACUGCUGCUGCUGCUGCUCGCGCUGCUCCGAGUGCGCUGCCUGCCUGGCCGGCAGCGCUUCUCCCUCGCAAGCGCUGUGCCACCUGGACCUUUGGCGAUGCCUAUGCGGCCAUGGGGGAUGCCAUGGUGGGGGUUAUGGAAAGCCCCCCUGCUGCUUGUGGUGCUGGCAUCAUGGAAACUGGUUUCAUGGGUGCUGCUGCUGGUGCUGGUGCUGGUGCUGGUGCUGGUGCUGCUGCUGCUGCUGGUGCUGGUGCUGCUGGUGCUGGUGCUGCUGCUGGUGCUGCUGCUGGUGCUGGUGCUGCUGCUGCUGCUGCUGCUGGUGCUGCUGCUGCUGCUGCUGCUGGUGCUGCUGCUGCUGCUGCUGCUGGUGCUGCUGCUGGUGCUGGUGGUGGUACGAGUGUGGGGAUGGAGGCAGGUGGCAGUCUGUGGGAUUCGCUGGACGCCAUGCAGCAGGAGCAGGAGCAGCACACACCACAGCAGGAGCACCCACAACAACAGCAGCAACAGCUGCAGCAGCAGCAGCAGCAGCAGCAGCAGCAGCAGGCAUUGCAGCAGCAGCGAGGGGCAGUGCAGCAGUCGGACGUGGACAAGUGGCAGAGCCUGGUGGCGCAGCUGCGUACAGACAGCGUCAGCGUCGGCAUCGCCCCUGUCUCCUCCACCAAGCGCGCCCGAUGGGGCGCUGCCAGUGGCGGGACCAGUGCAGCCACCACCCCCACCGCCUCUGCUACCUCUCCCUCUGCUGGUCCUGCGUCCCCCGGCUCCACCCUUCCUUCCCGUGCUGCCUGCACGGGUGCUGCUGUGCUCUUCCAUCACGCGUCGCCCCAUGUCGUGGCUUCGCUCAUCCAUCCCUCUCUAGCGCCCCUCCGCUGCAUUUCGGAUCCCCUACCCUCCGCGCCAGCAGCAGCAGCAGCACGCACAGGCGCAUUCCCAAGCCAUGCUGGCAAGGUGCUAGGCACAGGAGCAUUCCCACUGCCACUUGCGGCAGAAGCCGCAACAGCAGGAGGAGCAGCAGGAGGAGGUGUGUCAGCAGCAGCAGCUGCAGCGGCAGCAGGUGGUUUACCACCUCCGGCGCCCAUCCCCUAUGCCCGCAGGCUGGCUCUGCUGCGGCAGCAGCUGCAAGGCUCCCAGCCUCACGCCCAGAGGCAGCACGGGCAGCAGGGGCUGGCUGUGUGGCAAGCGCGCACUCAAGCCCGCAUGCACGCACAGGACGAGCUGCAGGCAGAGGUACGCGCCCAGGCACUCGCACAGGCUCAGGCACAGGCUCGGGCACAGGCACGCAAGCAUGCGCGGUUGAUGCAGGCUUGGGAUGCUGGGCAGCAGGGGCAGGGGGGGGUUGAAGAGGAGUUGAGUGCGAUUCGAAGGCAGCUGCUGGUGCUGAGGGGCAUGCAGGCCGCAAGCGAGGGGAGAGGGCGUGGAGUUGACGCUGCUGGUGGCGGUGGCAGUGGUUGCGGUGGUAAUGCGCAAGCGGCGUUCUCCCAGCCGGCGGUGAAUACAGCUGCUGCUGCUGGGGCUGCUGGCAGUGGUGGCAGUGUGGGGGUGAAGAGGUCAUGGGGCGGCAUGAGGAAGGGAGCCGGGUACAGCAUGCAGACAGGACAUGGCAUGCACGGCAUGGGCAAAGGGAUGGGCGAUGGCAUGGGCAGUGGCAUGGCCGUUGCCAUGGGAGCCCCUACAGCCAGCGGGUUCAGUGAUGGCGGGUGUCGGAGUGUGUCGGGGCACAUGGAUGCCCCCUCUCUCACCCCGCCCUCUGCAUGUGCGCCCGUGCCACCAGCAGCAGCCCGCUUGGCUGCCCUGAGCCGCAAGUGGGGCUGCGGGCCUGGCGGUGCAGCAGGCAUAAGGGCAGGCCGGAGGGGAGGUGCACAUGACACCGCUGCUGCUGCUGCUGCUGCUGGUAGUGAUGGUGCUAUGGCAGGGGCAAGUGCUGCUGGUGGUAGUGAGGCUGGGGGAGGGGGGAGUGAGGCAGUGGAAAGAGAACUGAGAUUCGCACAGGGCUGGGGUGGCAGCAGCAUUCCCACGCAUAUGAGGUUAAGGGGGGCUGGGAGUGGUACGAUCAACAGCAUGGGGACGGGUAUGGGUAGUGCCGUGGGUAGUGGUAUGAUGAUUAGCGGUAUUGGUAGUAGUAUUGGUAGCGGUAUGGGCGGAGCAAUGGCCGUUGAGCCAGCAGCCAGCAGCAGAAGCUGGAGUCAAAGCUGUGGGGUGGGAGGGGGAGUGGGAGGGGGGGUGGGUGGUAUGGCUGUUAGCGGGGGAGCAGCUGCAGCCAUGGCUUCAGCAGCAGGAUUCGGAGGUGGAGGUGGCGGCACAGUAGCAGGUGGAGGUGCGGCAGCAGGUGCUGGUAGUGCUGGCGUUGGGAGCAUGAGGAGUUUUGGCAUGGCUGGCUCGCGUGCGCGGGACGGGCGAGAGAGCAGGGGAAUGGGCGGAGGGCAAGGUGUGGGGCGGAAUGAGUGGGGAGCGGGGUCGUCUUUAAAGGCACUGGCGCAUGCAGAUCAGAGCAUGGGGGACGAUGGACUGGCAUGCGCGCACCAGGUGCAAGCAGCAGCAGCACCACCACCACCACCAGUAGUGGUGAUGAUGGGUGAGGGUGAGGGAGCAGCAGGCGCAAGCUGCGGGAAUCAGUUGAGUAAAGCAGCGGCACAUCUGUCUCCUCCCAUGCACCUGUCUCACCCAGCUCACCCGACUCAGCUGGCGCGGCUGCCGGCACGGCAUGAGGCGUGCAGCCCUUGGACGCUGGUAGCCACGGGCCAGGGCGGUGAGUGGAGGCAGCACGCGGCAGGUGGAGAUGAAGGAGGAGAAGUUGGAGGAGGAGGAGGAGGAGUAUCAGCAAGUAUGGGAGGGUCAGUGGACAUGGAGUGCGCGAUGGCAGGGGAUAGGCUGGCAGAUCAUGCCGCGUGUCGCUCUGUGGGCCCGUCUCUGCUCCUCCCACCAGACCCGUAUCCCUCCUCUGCUCUUGCUGCUCCUUCUGUCUUCUGCGCCCAUGCCGCCAAACGCCAGCUGCUGCUCCAGACUUACAGGCAGCAGCAGCAGCAGCAGCAGCAGCAGCGACGGUUGAGUGAAGGUGGAGGGAAGCUGGUUAGCAUGCAGGGUGACAACAGCUCACAGGGCCACACACACGCACACGCACAUGCAAAUGCAAAUGCACAUGCAAGUGGGCUGAUCAACACACUUGGCAUGUACAGGCAGGCAGAUGGGGGCACUGGGGCUAACACUGGAGCUGCAGGAACGGGAGGAGGGGCAGGAAGAGCAGGAGGAGCAGGGAGAGCAGUGGGAGUGGGUGCAGGGGCAGAGGGGAUGGAUGGCAGUAGCAUAGGUGCGGUGGGCAUGGAAGGGGGCAUGGGAGCAAGGGGCGUGGGUAGUGGCAGCGGGGGUGGUGCGUGGGGCGUGCGUGGAGGUGGCAUGGGCAUGGGCAUGGGCAUGGGCAUGGGCAUGGGCAUGGGCAUGGGCAUGGGCAUGGGCAUGGGUGUAUCAACCUUUUUCCAGCGCAACGACGCUCCCACACGACCCACCUUGCCACUUGAGGUCCAGCUGGCGCAAUUGAGUGCAGAGACAGCACAGCCAUGCUCCAAUGGCCCUCUGGGUCUCCAUCCCCACACCGCCUGUAACUAGCACCAUUUUCAAAGCGCUCGUGGCGUUGUGUAGCCAACACCACCCCUGCACCGCCACCAUCACCUCCGCCACUGCCCUGCCGUUCCACUAAAGCGCAUGCGGUUUUUGCGUCCAGCCUACCCUUGUUGCUCCACCACCAGCAAGCGCAAGCCCCUUUGAAUUGCCAUCAGGCCUCAGGAUAUCAGGGUAAAAUACCCUUACGGCCCUUACUAAAAGGCUGGGGUAGGUGUUGGACGCUUAUUUUUGAAAGUGGUUUAGUUUUGGACCCUUAUGAAAAAAACUAUGUUUGUACCGGACCCUGAUUUUCAAAAGU